GUUUUUUUAUGGUCUUAAUGUUGCCAACUUGAUUUAUUGUCACAAUCUAAAUCUGUCUAAAAAAAAUAUUGAAAAAAGAGUAUGUAAAGGUUUGUGUUAUUAAAAGCCAAUAAUCAAAAACUAAUUAAAAAUGCGGAUUUACAACUUUUUGUGUAAAAAAGUCGGUGAAUUGACUGUUAAAUACUCUAAUUUGCCAGAGUCUUAUAUUAAACGCAGUUAUGAACAGGUGUACUGGAAGAAUCCGAAGGGUUAUCCUCAAUACCGCGAUGUGCAGGUAGCUCGUAAAAAGUUUCGUUUCACAACAAACAGGCCGUGGACGAUGCAAUUUGCGAAACAAAACGAACGUACAAGGCAAACUAAAAAGGUGUUUUUAGAACCUGUUGGCGAAUGGAGUUUCUUCAAAGGAGAUAGAGUGGAAGUAAUGGUGGGUAGAGACAAAGGCAAGCAGGGCAUCGUGAGCCAGGUGAUACAGGAACGGAACUGGGUUAUAGUGGAAGGGAUGAACACACAUUUGAGAGUGGUGGGCAAAGAUAAAGAUUUCCCCGGUAUAACAAUACAGUCAGAAGCACCUUUGUUGGUGACGACCGGUGUUAAACUAGUAGAUCCAGAAACAUUGAAGCCGACUGAAGUUGAGUGGAGGUAUACAGAGGAUGGAGAUAAGGUCCGUGUAUCCCUAAGCAGUAGUCGUAUAAUACCCAUACCCAAGUCAGCCGAAGAGACGAUGGACUACAAGAGUAAGGAAUUGUAUGUGGAUAAUCCAUCUAAAGACACCGAGGCUGCCGCUGCUACAAAAGUACGUAUAUUUAUUAUAGUCUUAAGCCUUUAUUAAUAUGUGGCAAUUGGUGUUAUAACAUACACGUACAAACUCUGUUCCGAAAUUUGAAAAAAUAAUGUGUCAUGUUUGAAAUUCAACAGUAAACAUAGUCUCAUUGAUCUUACAGCCUCUCAUAACUCAGUAUGAGAAUUUGCAGUUCUUUUGUACAUGUUUCUAUGAAAUUUACGAGAUUUUCUCUCCUUAGGAUAGUUCUUUUAUAAAUCCAGGAACUCGUUUUUGCCUACGCUGGCCUUAAAAAAAAAACUAACAUGUUAUAUUCUAAAUUAAAUUUUUAGUAUGAAAAACGAACAUGAAGUUAUUACUAUAUAAACAAUAAUAGUGAAAUU